CUGACUGGCUGGUUCACUGACAACAAACAGACGGACUGAGAUUUCCUGCUCUGUCUGUACCUCCCUUCUUCUUCUUCUUCUUGUUGUUUCAUUUUUCCAUUUCCUUAUCUUCUCCCAUCCCGCAUUCCUUCCCUUCAACCUACUCCGAUUCCAUUCUCUCCCCAACUUCUUUCUCCGCUGCUCGCCCGGUGAGAGAGGGAUGUCUUUGCACAUCUACAUCGCUCACACCGGUGAGCGUUAUUUGGCUGAUCCAAUAUCUUUGACCUCACCGGACGCACUGCGAACAUGGAUCACCAGGAAUACUUCGAUCCCUUCUCAGAGGCAGAUCUUGAUGACUGCUCGGGGCAAGAAUGUGAAGGCCCAAACACUAGCUACGGAGAGCGAGAUAUUUGUGUAUGAUAGACGCUAUGUCAACGAGCCAAAUACCUUCGAGCUUCCGGAACUGCCUCCGCCGCAACCACUUACUCUCGACAACCCUCCUGAUACCUUGACGAACCAAAAUGACCUACAAGCAUGGAAGGCUCUUUACAGUGCUAGAAGAGAUUGGGCGUCUAACUUGACGGAACGCUGCGCAGUCGUGGACAAACAGAUCCAGGAUCAUAAUGAGCGCACAGACAUCAUCAACCGAGCGGCCGGCGUAGCCCUCGAAAACCUCAAAGCUCAUGUGGGCACCUUGGAACACCGCUUUCAAGAGGCGCAGACAUGGGCGAACGGCUUUUUGAAGGAUCAACACGCGGUCUUGGAUGGUUGGAGGAAGUCGCUGGCAUCUCUGGACAACAUCCCAGCUCGGAAGGAUUUCAAUUUCCUAGGACGUCCGUCGACACCAACCACGAGCGAUGACCGGUUGAUGGGAACUCUACGCAACUAUGUGGAUGUGGAAGAAGUGCAAAGAGCUGGCUCGGAAGCACCGGAGGAAUUGUCGCGUUUUGCGCAGGAGAUUAGCAAAAUUGAGGAAAGUGUUGGUCAAAUUGCAGCAGAUACACAGCGUCUCGUGGACGAUGCUUUUCCUACCAGCCUUGAUGGCGUAGACGGUCUGCUGCAGGAAGUCGAAACUAUCUCCAAGAAGAUUCAAUCGGACUACGAACAUGUCCUCGCUCUCUCCAAUAAUCAAAAGGCACUGGCGAACAUCUCUAGACUCGCGCUCAGUCACACGAAAGAUUUACUCCCGUCGCUGCUGGACAUUAGUAGCGAGAUCCAGGCGGGCCUGGAAGAAGCUGUCAAUCGGUAUAACUCAGCCACCAAAGCGGCUUCUGGUCACAUGCGGCUCAUUUCGUCGAUCGAGUCGCGCCUCGCUGAUGUGCAGACCCAGAUCAACAACCUCAACUUCCGAAGCGACGCAUUCGAUACCAUCUACUCUGUCUUUCACAUGCCCAUGAUCUACGGUUCGGUCUUGAUCGAGGCAGCACGGCGUCGUGAGUUCAGUGAGAAGAUGAAAACCGAUUCAUUAACGUUAGCCGAAGAGAUGUCAGUCUUUCGCGAGGAGGAGCAACGGCGACGGAAGAAGUGGAUGAAGACAAUGGGAGAGUUUCUAUCAACCUCGGAUACCUCGACACCUGGCAUUGAGGUCAAUUUACGAGGUCAGGAGUACGAAUGGCCAGCUGUCAGCAGAAAAGAAAUCGAGUCAUACAUCGAAGAGCUGAAGACCAAGACUGGCAUGACACAGUUGGCACAGGAGCUCAGUGAGCUCUACAAAGAGUUAGAUGCCCCGACUCGCUUACAGCGCCGCAGAUCCAAGGCAUUCAAACAGGGUAGUCUCUUUGACCUCAGCCGGAGCUCUCUUGUACUUCGCAGUGAUGACAUGGUUCGAAGCUUGAGAGACGAGAAGGGCAAAUUGGAGGAGAGGCUCAAAGGCUCCGAGAGCCGUAUCAGAAAAUUAGAAGAUCUCCUCCAUCGCCAGAGUCACAUGAGUCGACCGUCUAGCGGGAACUUUUCGUUAGACUUUCCCAGCUCACCCGCGUCACCUCACCCUGACGCGCUUUCCAGGCGAUCAUCUGUGUCGUCGCGACGCAUGUCUUCCAAUCAACCACCUGAGGAAAAGGCGCUCGUUCAACGCAUUGUACAUCUGGAAGCGGAGUUGGCGGCAAAGCGGGAAACGGUACAACGGUUGCAGAAGGAAGCACAUGCCGAACGUCAGUCGAAUACCGACAAGAUCCAAGAAGAGCAAUCGACUAAGAAAGAUCUCAUUGGAAAUCUCGAAGCCCGACAGCGCGAAUUUGACGAUGAACGAAGAUAUCUCGAAGGUGAAUUGAAACGCCUCAAGAUUCGUAACGAGGAGCUCGAAGAAGAGCUAGACAGGAAUCUGGACAGCCGUGAGCAUGAAAAACACGACACUGACGAGCGUAUUCAUCAGCUUGAAGCUGAGUUGCAAGAUGCCCAUGCUCGCGCCGAAGAAGAGUCACGGAAAGCCACCGAGCUUUCAAAGCAGAUGGAAACAGAUCAAGAUGCUGCUAGGGAUCUUGAGCUUCGCUUAACUGAGCUACAGAAUAUAAUCACGGACAAUGAGAAACUGGAAAGAGAGACUCUGAACUCUCUGCAAUCUGCUUUCAUGAAUCUCUCUCCCGGCAGCUCUGUUCCUGCCAAAGCCCUUGACAUCGUCAAAGCAAUCGAGGUGCUGUCUGAAGGACUGUCUAUUCAUGCCAAGAAUGCGGAAGAAAACGCCUUGAAGGCCGCAGCGGAAUAUAAAGAGGUUGAAGAGCGCCUGAGUCAGUUGGAGACGGAUGCUGAGGACAUGCGGAAGGUUGCAGACGCGCGGGAAGCGGAUCUGUCCCUCGCUCGCGAAGAGCUGGCACAAGGAAAAUCCAAGUUAGAGGUUGUAACGUCUGAGUUGGAAGGCGAGCGGUCGAAGCUCAUCACACUUCAAAUGCAGUUUGCUGCGGGCGAGAAUGGCUCUGAUGCUCUCCGAAAGCGCGUCACGCAGGAAGAACGGAAGUUGACCAACUUGUCUCAACGCUUGGCCGAGGUUGAAACCCUAGCCCGUCAAUCAGAAGAGGAGGUAACCACCUGGAGAAAGAAAGUGGAGGCGAUAUCUGAAGCAGAGCAACGGGCUACUGUACGCUCGGAAACGUGCGUGCUUAGAUCGCAGCAGCUCUCCAGACAGCUUUUCGCCCAAGUAGAGAAGCUCGAGCAUAUGCUCGAGCAGCUUGGAUUUACUAUCAUCAGGCAAGACGGAAAUAUUGUGGUCCAGCGAUCUUCAAAGGUCAAUGCCAUGUCUGUCACGGGGGAGAGUCUCAGUCACUCUGAAGUGGUGUCUGUGAAACCGGACGCUAGUCUUCUGACUUGGAUGCACGCUGAAACUAAGGAAGAGGAGACUGACAGGUUUAUGGCAUUCAUGGAGUGUCUGUACCAAUUUGACGUGGAGAUUUUCGGUGAUGCUGUCGUCAAGCGCGUCAAGGACAUCGAGAGCCUCGCCCGGAAGUGGCAGAAGGAGGCUCGUGGAUAUCGCGACAAGUAUCACCGGGUGCAAAGUGAAGCCCACGACAAGAUUGCAUACCGGUCCUUCAAGGAAGGUGAUCUUGCUUUGUUCUUGCCGACGAGAAACCAAGCGAUCCGGUCCUGGGCCGCGUUCAACGUUGGCGCACCCCACUACUUCCUGCGCGAGCAAGAUGUGCACAAACUCCAGGCCCGAGACUGGCUGCUUGCUCGCAUAACCAAGAUUGAAGAGCGGGUGGUGGAUCUCUCCAAGUCCCUGAAUGGGGCCAAUCCUGACCGACAAUCCAUUGGCGAAGUCAGCGACGGCACGUCCUUUGAUGAUGAAAAUCCAUUCGAGUUAUCGGAUGGUCUUCGUUGGUACCUUCUCGAUGCCACGGAAGAGAAGCCUGGGGCUCCCGCAACACCAGGCCUCGGCAAGAGCACUGUCGCCUCGGCGCACGUCGACGCCAAAGGCAGCAUCCGGUUGAAACGCACCUCCGUCGGAGGGAAUGUCGCCAAGACCCUGUCCAAAAGUCUCGAUAGUCGGCGGGACAGCUCCAACUCAAAGAAGGCACCCUCUACGCCGUCACAACGCGGUAACGAAUCCGCUGUAGAUCUGGCCCGACAGGCCGAGGAAGACCCUACUGCUGUGGCUGCUCGCUCACGACCACGGGAGGCACCGUCAAAUGCCGACGAGGGAGCAGGUCAUAUCCCCGAGAACUCAUGGCGUCAACAGCCGCCAUUGAUUGCCGGCGCUAAUCGCAGUUCUUCUUCGUCGAUGCGGCUUGAGGAUGUCGAUGUUUCUUCCAUCAAUACGCCGGCGAGUCGACGGACCUCGCGUUAUCGUCCAUGGGUGUGGUCUGUAGACUAUCGCCUCGAAGGUAAUAGUUGACCAUGAGUGGAG